GGAGAGGUGCCGAGGCAUCGCCGUGCGAGCGGCGCCCCGUGUGCCUCCUGCGCCCCCGGCCAGCACCCCCGGGCCGGGGCAUGGAGGCGGCGCACAGCAUCCCCGUGCUCGACGUGCUCCGCCGCUUUGGGGUCAGCGAGAGCUGCGGGCUCAGCCCGGAGCAGGUCCGCCGCAACCGGGAGAAGUACGGCCCCAAUGAGCUCCCUGCAGAAGAAGGAAAGUCCCUCUGGGAGUUGGUACUGGAGCAGUUUGAAGACCUACUUGUCCGCAUCCUUUUGAUGGCAGCUUUUCUGUCCUUUAUCCUGGCCUGGUUUGAAGAAGGGGAGGAGACCACAACGGCGUUUGUGGAGCCCAUUGUCAUUAUCAUGAUCCUGAUUGCCAACGCUGUGGUGGGUGUGUGGCAGGAGAGAAAUGCUGAGAGUGCCAUCGAGGCCCUGAAGGAGUACGAGCCUGAGAUGGGGAAGGUGAUCCGCGCCGACCGCAGCGGGGUGCAGCGGAUCCGCGCCCGCGACAUCGUCCCCGGGGACAUCGUGGAGGUGGCAGUUGGUGACAAGGUGCCAGCAGACAUCCGGAUCAUCGAAAUCCGCUCCACCACCCUGCGGGUCGACCAGUCCAUCCUCACAGGGGAGUCUGUGUCGGUGAUCAAACAUGCUGACCCCAUCCCUGAUCCCCGGGCUGUCAACCAGGACAAGAAGAACAUGCUUUUCUCUGGCACCAACAUUGCAGCUGGGAAGGCCGUAGGGAUCGUUAUUGCGACAGGGGUGUACACCGAGAUCGGGAAGAUCCGAAACCAGAUGGUGGAGACCGAGCCUGAGAAGACACCCUUGCAGCAGAAGCUGGAUGAGUUCAGCCAGCAGCUCUCCAAAGUGAUCUUCCUGGUGUGCAUCGCCGUCUGGGUCAUCAACAUCAGCCACUUCAGCGACCCCGUGCACGGCGGCUCCUGGUUCCGGGGCGCCAUUUACUAUUUCAAGAUAUCGGUGGCGCUGGCGGUGGCCGCCAUUCCCGAGGGCCUCCCGGCCGUCAUCACCACCUGCCUGGCGCUGGGCACGCGCCGCAUGGCCAAGAAAAACGCCAUCGUCAGGAGCCUGCCCUCGGUGGAGACCCUGGGCUGCACCUCCGUCAUCUGCUCCGACAAGACCGGCACCCUCACCACCAACCAGAUGUCUGUGUGCCGGAUGUUCAUCAUGGAGAAGGUGGAGGGCACCCAGUGCAGCCUGCACGAGUUCAACAUCACCGGCUCCACCUACGCCCCCGAGGGACAGAUCCUGAAGGACGAGCAGCCGGUGCAGUGCGGGCAGUACGACGGGCUGGUGGAGCUGGCCACCAUCUGUGCCCUCUGCAAUGACUCCUCGCUGGACUACAAUGAGUCCAAAAAAGUCUAUGAGAAGGUGGGGGAAGCCACUGAAACAGCCCUGACGUGCCUGGUGGAGAAGAUGAACGUCUUCAACACAGACCUCAGCAAACUCUCCAAGGUGGAGAGAGCCAAUGCCUGCAAUUCAGUGAUCAAGCAGCUGAUGAGGAAGGAGUGCACCCUCGAGUUCUCCCGGGACCGCAAGUCCAUGUCUGUGUACUGCACUCCCACCGGGCCUGGCAGCAACUCCACGGGCAGCAAGAUGUUUGUCAAGGGUGCCCCCGAAAGCGUCAUCGAGCGCUGCACCCACGUCCGCGUGGGCACUGCCAAGGUCCCGCUGACGGCCCCGGUGAGGGACAAGAUCCUGGGCAGGAUCCGGGACUGGGGCAUGGGCAUUGACACCCUGCGCUGCCUGGCCCUGGCCACCCACGACUCGCCUGUCCGCAGGGAGAGCAUGCAGCUGCACGACUCCGCUGCCUUCGUCCACUACGAGAACAACCUGACCUUUGUGGGCUGUGUGGGGAUGCUGGACCCUCCCCGCAAAGAGGUCACAUCGUCCAUCGAGAUGUGCCGCAAGGCCGGCAUCCGCGUCAUCAUGAUCACUGGUGACAACAAGGGCACGGCAGUGGCCAUCUGCCGCCGGAUCAGCAUCUUCUCCGAGACCGAGGACGUGUCUGGCAAGGCCUACACGGGCCGGGAGUUCGAUGAGCUGUCCCCUGAGGCACAGCGCCAGGCGUGCCGGGAAGCCCGCUGCUUCGCCCGCGUGGAGCCGGCGCACAAAUCCCGCAUCGUCGAGUACCUCCAGUCCUUCAACGAGAUCACGGCCAUGACAGGCGAUGGCGUCAAUGACGCUCCGGCCCUGAAGAAGGCAGAGAUUGGCAUCGCCAUGGGGUCGGGCACGGCCGUUGCCAAGUCAGCCGCUGAGAUGGUGCUCUCUGACGACAACUUCUCCACCAUCGUGUCGGCCGUGGAGGAGGGCAGAGCCAUCUACAGCAACAUGAAGCAGUUCAUCCGCUAUCUCAUCUCCUCCAACGUCGGGGAGGUCGUUUGUAUCUUCCUGACAGCCAUCCUGGGCCUGCCCGAGGCCCUCAUCCCUGUGCAGCUACUGUGGGUGAACCUGGUGACAGAUGGGCUGCCAGCCACCGCUCUGGGCUUCAACCCCCCCGACCUGGACAUCAUGGACAAGCAGCCCCGCAACCCCAAGGAGCCCCUCAUCAGUGGCUGGCUCUUCUUCCGCUACCUGGCUGUUGGAGUGUACGUGGGGCUGGCCACAGUGGGUGCAGCGACCUGGUGGUUCCUGUACGACGCCGAGGGACCGCAGGUCUCCUUCCAUCAGCUGAGGAACUUCAUGAGGUGCACUGAGGACAACCCCAUCUUUGAAGGAAUUGACUGUGAGAUCUUCGAGUCGCGAUACCCAACGACGAUGGCUCUGUCUGUGCUGGUGACAAUCGAAAUGUGCAAUGCUCUGAACAGUGUCUCUGAGAACCAGUCGCUGCUGCGGAUGCCACCGUGGCUCAACAUCUGGCUGCUGGGGGCCAUCAUCAUGUCCAUGGCUCUGCACUUCCUCAUCCUUUAUGUCAAGCCCAUGCCUCUCAUCUUCCAGGUGACCCCCCUGAGCUGGCCACAGUGGGUGGUUGUGAUGAAGAUCUCCCUGCCUGUGAUCCUGCUGGACGAAGGACUCAAGUACCUUUCCCGCAACCACCUGGAUGGAGAGGAGGACAAGAAAUGAAUGACACGAGGGCGACACUCCGAACCAGAGGAUCCCUAACUUGUAACUCGGACUGAAGUCUUGCAUGACCAUCGCUAAAGCCAGCAGGACAUGCAUGUGUCCGACUAUCAGACAAAUGCGGGUGAAUCGUCGAAAAGAAAAAAAUACUGAUUUUGUUUUGUUCUGUAGCUUUCUUUUUCCUGUACAUAUGAGUGCAAUUACUGGACAGCUGGCGUAGAGUUUGGGGAUGGAGCUGUGUGGAUCUGAAUCAUUGUAAUGUGGUUCCUUGGGAUUUGUUCUUGCCAAAUUUGAGACCCUCUUUCCAAUUUUCACCCUGAGUGAGUGAGCACGGGCAAGGCGGCCUUCCUGAGAGAUUAAGGCAGGAAGUUGGGAUUUGAGGCCAGAUCCCUCAGUGGGAUGGGAUGCACAAGGCAGCUUCAGGGGCUGGGAAGGGCUUGGCAGUGAGUGAGGGCAGGGAGAGAGGAGAGGGGGGCUGUGUGUUGGGAUUGUUGAGCCUUGAUGAUGACCACAGUGUUGCUGCUGCUGCUGUGCUCUGCUCCAGUGGCUGCAGCAGCUGGGCAUAGCUUCAGAGUGUGUUCAACACUGGUGUGAAUCUCAUGGACGUGUGUUUAUAUGUCGAGGUCAGGUGCAUAUGGUGGAAGAUGAAGUUCUCCCUAUUUAUCACGCUGUUCUGUUUGAUCCCUGCAUUAUGGAAAGCCCAGCACCUUCUCAGGCUCAUCCAGCCUGAGCACUAUGAAGUCUUGUCUGUUCUCCAUCUGGAAUCUUGCUAGAUCCCAUCUGCACUAUAUAAGGCAGUUCUUCUCCUUCUAGGGGCAGCCAUGUAAAGAAAAGCAAGGGGAUGCCCACUUUGCAUUCCUCAUGUCCACCACUCCUUCCUGGUCACACUUUCCUCAGUGAAUUUUAAACUAUUUCCCUAGCAGGAGUAGAGCCUAAGUGUUUAGGAGCACAUCCAUGACUUCAUGCGCUCUGCUUUGGAGAACAUCACUGACUUGAACAGGGCAUUCUUGCCAAGGGAUCAAGAUGGGAAUGAAUGUAUCCUUGUACAUAAUGUGGUCUUUCUCUGUGAGUGGUGUUUGUUGUGGCAUCCCUUUUUGUAAGGCACCAACUUUAUCUUGCCCUCUGGGGAUUUUUCCACAGCAGGAGUGAGACAGGCUUCAGUGAGGGUUUGUAGAUCAGGAAUGGAUUUUGGGAUCCAUUAAAUUUAUCUUUCUCCAUUGAGAUGCAUCAGCUGAGAAGCUGAUAGUGGUCAGUUUCUUCUCCAGCUCUCCAAAUCCUCCCUCCUGUUUUCCUCAUGGUCCUUAGGAUCCAUCCUGAUGAUAUUUAGUUAGCCAGAGCCUGUAUCUUUCUCUUACAUUCCAGCAACAGCACUAGAGCCAGGGUCUGGGAUAGCAUUUGCUCCUUUGCUGUUGGGUUUUCUCUUCUACUUUUUGCCUCUUAGAAGCUUCCAGUGUUUUUCUGUAUCAUCUGGGCAAGAGCAUUUCUCCUUCCAUACAGUAGGUGCCAAAUAUCAUCCCUCCUUUCUUUUCUCCAUCACCAGCAUUGAAGAUGAGCAGAGCCCCCAGACCAAUGGGAAUGUACAGAAUUGUUAUACUACUGAGCUGAUUUAUUGUACAGAAAACCUUGCAUGAAAUGUUGUUACUGUAUUUAAUAUAUAAUGUAUUCAAGGAAUUUUAAUAUGGAGCUCUUAAAAAAGAUCUUUAUAGAUACUCUGUGGUUAGAAGAUUGUUGCUGAUUUUUUAAAAUCUUAUUAUACUUUGUCUUGAAGAAGUUUUAUUUUUCAAAUGUGUUCUGUCUAAAUGAUUUAAUCAGUUGAUCCCAUGGGAUAACCAAUUCCUCUUCAAAGAUUUUCACCAUGGAUGAGACCCACCCUGGUGUAGAGGACCAGGACAUGACCCAGGUACUGUAUAAGCCUUCAAAAUAAGGCUUCAGUAAGACUAAUGCUGUAGACAUGUGAUUUGCCCUUCCUCAAAAGGGUGGAUUUCACCUUGUUUUAGUACAGGUCACAGAAGUAAAGAAUUGUUUAAGGUGGGAAAGACAUCCGAGAUGAUUGAGUCCAUCUCCAUCGCUCUGUGCAGAAAAACAACCAGUGGGAAUUUAGUCCAGUUCCAGCUCAGUGUCAUCAGAGGAAGCAGCUUCUCUGUUUCUCUGAGGCUAACAACCAGUUUGGGAGAAUUUGGGCUGGAUUCAGAGGCUAGACUGCAUUCAAAGCAUCCCAGCCCUGUUUGGAGGGUCCACCAGGGCUUUCAGCUGCCCAGUGGCAUCUCCCUGGGAUGUGGUGGCCUUGUUCCCUUGUGCCUACAGGAACCUGCUUGGUCCAUCCACCACCUGAGUUACACUGUUUUCCCUGGACUUGAUGUCGGAUAGAGGAUUAUUAAUUUAACCCAAAUAUGUGUGGUGUGGAGAAGUUUCUUGUGUAAAAGCCCAGGCAGUGUCAGUCUGUUCAAGCAUUGGGUCACAAUUGUGAGUUAGCAAACCCUGAGCCAUCAUGGGCAACAAACCAGAGCUGUGUCCCAGCUUCUUCUUUCCAGCAGCAGCAAAUUGCAUUUUAUUUCUAUUGUGAGGCUUCAGAUCUACCUAGAAAAUAGUCCAGCUAAUCUUCACUAGAGUUGCCUGGAGCAGGUGGCCCCCUUGCUUGGAGGGACCAUUUUGACACGUCCCCAUUUCCCCUUCUGAAUGGGUGACCAUGUCUCUCGUCUCUCCCCCCAUCCUUUCAUUACUUGGAGUAAAGGUUUCACUCCAUACUUUCGAUUACAGGGGCUUAUACUUCAAACAUCUUAAUGCAGUAGAAAAAUAUCCAUAGAUGUAAGUAUUUUUUCCUUUAUUCUUCAGUGAAAGGUCAGGAUAAAUCACAGAGUAGUUAUUUAUUGCAUGUGUGCCAGCAGCAGUGUGCUGGGAGCUUUUACAGGCUGGAACAUGUUCUUAUGUAAACUUGGAGAUCCCAGAGCCAAGAUCAUCACUUUGGGAUAGGCUCUUGUGUCUUACCAAGGCAUCUGACAGUGCAAUACAAGGGAGAUGGACACUGGGUGGCUGUUUUGCCCUAAAGCUUUUUUUAAAAAGCAGCUUAGGGCCAAACCUCUGGGAUCCUUGCUUUUCUUGGCAACAGAGGUUAGGAAUUAUUUCCUUUUUAGUUUUAUUUUGAUGGUGCUGCCUGGCAUAUUCUAAGUCUAUAAAUAAAACUCAGGUCUUUCCAGCAAGACCUUUAGCAUUGGUGGGCUGCUGUGACAGAUCCUCCACAAGAUGCAGGGCAUAGGAUGUGCUGGAUGGCAGCAUGGGAUUAUCCAUGAGCACUUUAUACUCCUUCCUCAGGGUCCAAGCACCAUGCUGGGGUACAGCCAAGGUGGGAGGGGAAGGUCCUGUGUUCCUGGGGCAAGCACCAGGGGGAUCAGCUGUGGAAAGUCCUUUGUACUGUUUUGGGAUAUUGUGUCAUUGUGACCAGUUGCUGGAUGAGCUCUUCCCCCUGUGGUGUGUGAUCCCACGGGGAGGCACAUUGGAAAAGGACAAAGAGCCAAGUGCUGCAUGCUGCAUUUCGUUUGUGUCAUGUGGCCCAGGUCUGGAUGAGGUUUGUGCUUGUGUGUUUGGGGUUUUGGCACUGUGAACAUUCCGUGUGUGUGUGUUUCUGGUGAUGCUCUGCUCAGCCAAGGCUGGAUGGCACCACCAGGCACUGGACAGGGCAGUAGGGGGGGACAGGUUCUAUGGAGGGGCUGGAGGACUUUGUUCCUUUAAGAGCAUCAAACCUGGGAUUGAGUCAGAGUUUCUGCUCAUGGUGUGGAUGGCAGAAAGAGGAGCAAUAGGAAAACUCAGCAUUAAUUUUUGGUCCUUCUUUUGUACAUCAGGUUGGUAAUACUGCUUCCUAGUCAGGGUUCUGCUCCACCAAAAUUCAUCAAAUAAUGAUUUGAGCUGUGCAGGGGCCCUGGCUGUGGAAGAUGUUCAUGGGGUUCAGUGACCUUGGCAUUAAAUCACUCCUGAAACUCAAACACACCAGUCCCCUCUACCAACCCCUAAGAUUUACUGUGAUUUUUGGACCUGGCCUGGCCAUCACUUUGUGUAAAUGAUGCCAGAGAUUCAGCCCCAUCUGGGCUCUUUUUCCUUCCACUUCUGCAGUGGCAUUUUCUGUCAGGGAAGACAGCCUGGGACUCAGCUGUUUGGUGCCACCCGAGAGGGCUUUACCCCAUGCAGAUUUAGUGUGGCACAGAUGGGGUUAGGAUUCGCAGGGCUGCAGUGAGGAGGAGACACAGGGUAAAUUGUGCCCCCUGGACCGGUUCUUGUGGUGCCAUUCUGCUUUUGGUGUGAGUGGGGCAUUAAAUGAGCCAAAAUCUGUGUGUGCCUGGAGAGCUGGGCACUUGGGACCAAGAGGAGGGUGACCACUGAACUGCCAGCGGGUGCCCUCAGUGGCUUCAGUCUGGGAAUAUGCUGAUUUUUUUAUAUGAGAUGCCUGAACAGCCAAACUUAGAAAUCUCUGAGAUUGUGCUUCAUAGCAAAAGGUAAAUUGUUAUAUCUUGGGGGGUGGGAGGGUGUUAUCUGAGGGGAAGAACUGAAAGAAAUGAGGUUUCCUAUUUUAUUAUAUGAGAGAUAUUUUUCCACUAAAUUACCGCUUCCUAAACUGUGUCCUUUGUCUGACUGUAAAUAGCCAGGUGUGCUGGGAAGACGUGGGAAGGCUCCUUGUGGUCACAUCCAUACAAUCCACUCUGUUCACACAAUAUCGGGCUGAUUUGUUUUAUACUUAGAAAAUUACAGAAAUAAAAGCAAUUUUACUGGA